CAAGCAGUGUGGCUCAAGGCGGCGUCGCCAGCGAACGUACAGCAAAGCCAGACUUGCGCGGCGACGCAAUGCCCGCCCCCAUAGGGGAGAAGUCGCUGAAGUACAGGAAGCAGCGCAAAAGGAGCGUGUCAUGCUGGGCGCUCUGUUGCGCGGUGGUCCUGUACAUGGUCUGGAUCCUCGGAUUCACGACCUUGAUGCUGGCAGUCUUCGAGCUCGGCGGCGUGACCCCCGUGCUGCGCCUGGUCGUCGACUGGGCCGUCGUGCCGGCCGUGAGCACGGCGGUCGGGCCCGCGGCGAGCUGCGUUGCCGCCCUGGGCAGCGCGGUGUCGUACGUGGUGAACGCGACCUACUCCCUGGCGAACCACACGGACGACGGCGACUUGCUUCUUCAGGCGGUGGGAGACGUGCUGGUCAGCUCCGGCGGGCUCGACGCGGCGCAGGGGGUGUCCGCUCUGCAGCGCGCGCUGGGCGAGGGCGCGACGGGCCCCGCGGGGCCGGCGCCCGCCGUGGAGGCGUUGGCCGUGGCGGGCGGCAGGCUGUGGCCGCCCUUCCGCCCCGCGGUGAAGAGGUACCAGGUGCACCUCGACGACCGGCUCGCGGAUAGAUGCGGCGCAGAGGGCUGCUCAGGGGGCGCCCCCGACAUCGAGGUGGAGAUGGUCCUGCGGCGCGCGGGCACCGUCCGCGUCGACCGGGACGUGGUCCAGAACGCGAGCGGCACCCUGCGCAGGCGGGUGCCCCUGGAGCAGCUCUUCCGCGACGGCGAGCGGCCCCAGCGCCACCAGGCUGUCGUCGUCCAGGUGACCGAGACAGAUGCGGGCAAGCCGCACUCGGACUUCUACGUCCUGAAGGUCGUCCGCCCCCCGGCGAGGAGGCAGAAGAGAGGUGCGCGCGCCCGGCGGGUGGUGGGGCGGAGGCUGGCGGACCGCGCAGACCUCGGCGACACGGUGCUCCUGGACGCCGAGGGCCUGGUCGCGUCCGAGGACCUCCAGGAGCAGCAGCUGCCAAACGUCCAGGACCAGGUGUCCCUGGUGAAGGAGACCUCCGCCGACGCGGACGGCGCCGACGCAGACGCCGACGUGGAGGACGACGCCGACGGCGACGUGGAGAACGAGGCGGACGGUGAGGGCGAUGGCGGCGAGAACGCCACUUCUGAGGACGUUGCGCCGGAAAUGCCUCCGAUUGACGACGGCGCGGAGGUCAUUCUGGACAAGGGCAGCCGCAAGGUCUUCCUGGAGUCGAAUGACGGGUACUGCGAUAAAGUGCCGGGUAUCUUUGAGAGCGGCCUGAAGGAGAUGAAUUUGUGGUCUGUGGAGCAGGACCACCUCGUGUGCUUCCCCUCGAAGAGAGGUGGCCAUGUAGGGCUGCGGGCGCAAUCAGAUCCUCCGCUGAAGCCCUCGGAGCGCGGCGACUUUGGCUUCGGGGAGGGCUUGAGCAUCGGCCUGAGGCCAAACAUCGAGACCAACGCGAUCUGGCCCCUGGAGAACGGCGUGUCCAGCCUGCCCGUGUCGCCCAACCCCAUCAAGCUGAUGGGACUCCGCAUCGAGGAGGCAGGCGGCAAGCAAGUAGACCUCCCGCUGGUCAUGGCCAGCUCCAGGGUGAAGGACUGGGCCCUCGAGCUCAACUUCAUGGACCCGAGCAAGGGCAACUGCGAGCCGGACGCGUCGAACCCCGGCGUGCGGCGAUUCGCCUGCAGGGCCAAGGAGCCGGGCGCGGAGGUGAAGAUUUUCGUUCUCUGCGACAUCUGCUCGCCGAAGGCCGGAGAGGGCGGCAGGACGCUGAGCAUCCAGCAGGAGAAGAAUGACGGCAACACGCUGGAUGUCGGCACGAGGCGGCUGCAGGAGGACGGUUCCGCCGUGCCCUGGGUCGGCUGGGCCACCAACGCCCCCUCGAAGCGCGGGUACUCAUUCUUCACGAUCGCAGUCGGCGAGGGCCCCGAGGGCAGUGAGGAGGAGUCCAACGUCGAGUAUCAGAUUGGCCUAGUCGUGGGUCAGACGCGCAUGCCGUGGGACGCCUCCAACAUUUCGCCAGGCCAGUGGGAAGCCCUAGGGAGCAACCUGUCGCUGCUCGGGCUCGCCUCUGUCGGGAUGUACUUUUUGGUGAUGGCCAUGCAGGCCUUCGGGCUGCCGGCGCCAACGCUCGCUGGGCUGCCCACCCUCUCCGCAGCCGUCGCCUCGAUGCAGCUGCUUGCCAUCAUCGGCAGGCAGAUCGCGGAGCCUCCCGUGCGGCUGGAGGCCUUCGCGAGGCCGCUGCCCCCCGUCGAGAUGGUCUCGACGGUGGCCUACGCCUUCCUGGCGGUGGUCGUGCUCCACGCCCUGGCCGUGGGCAGGCACGUGCUCCGCAACGGCUCGGGCUCCGCCGAGAGCCUGCCCCACGGCCUGUGGAUGGGCGCCUGGGAGCUCCGGGCCUUCAACGUCCUGGUGCUGCCGCUGGCCUUCAGGGGGGCGACGCUCGCGCUCGUCUGCUGCAUCCCGGACUACUCCGCCACGCCCAGGUUCGUCGUCGCCAAUUUCCUGGAGACGACUUGGGGCUUCUCCGUGCUGCUGGGCCUGCUGGCCGUCCCGGCCUACGUCGUCUACAAGCUCCGCGGCUGGUUCUACACUGAGCAGGUGAUCGGCAUGGUCAUGCCCGGCUCCUCCAGGGUCGUGUUCGUGGACAGGACCUGCGACCAGCUGCGGGCGAUCCCCGUGAACGUCUCCCAGGUGGCCACCUACGGCAGGGCCCGCAAAGAAAGCCAGGCGGCCGAGGGGGCCCCCUCGAGCAGCAGGGCGCGCCUGGCCUGCUCGAGCGCAGUCCGCAUCGCCACGGCGCUGCCGUCCGCCCUCCUGGACUUCCUGGCGUCUCUGCCAGGCUGGUCGUUCUCUCCCACGGCGGCCACCAUCUCCGAGAUCGAGCACCGCGGCUCUCCCGGGCGGGAGAGCGCCCUGAGUGCCGGCGCCUGGGGCCUGGUGUGGGAGCCCGGCCCCUGGGGCAAGGCGGGCUCCACGAGCAAGCACGAGUCCAUCGACGACGACCUCUCGAAGUUGCCGUCGGAGCGCGUCGAGCGCGAGCGCGCCGACAAGAAUCAGGAGCUCGCCCGGAAGAACAGCGAGAAGCGGGCUUCGUUCAAGUCUGGGGAGGGCCUGAAGACGGGCCUCGUUCGCGCCGAGACAGACAUCGGCGUCUGGCACGGGCAGCCCGCUUCCCGGAAGUACGGCGGCGGUGCCGAGGUGGAGCAGGAAAAGCGCCCGAAGUUCACCCCCGUCAUGUUCGCUCACCCGAUCCGCGCGACGACGAAGUUCGUGUACAUGGGGGGCGGCCGCAACGGCCGCAUCGCUGGGGUGGCCGGCCUGCCCUGGAUCGACUGCGCGGUGCCGGCGCAGGCGCUGGAGGAGCUGGAGGACGAGCUGGGCCGGGUGGAGCUGCGGGUCAGCGCGGGGCAGCUCUCGGGGGCGUGCACCUCCGGCCGCCUGGGCGCGUGCUUCGACUGGACGGACAGGGUCGCCUGGCGGUGGCCCGCGGAGGUGGUCGGCAAGAUCCUGCUAGCCUUCUACCUCGCCGCGCUGCCUUACACCGCUGCGUACAACGCGCCGGUCGCGUGGAUGGCCCUUCACGCGGCUGUCGUGCUGGGACUCCUCGCCCUGGGCGUCGCCACGAUCUUCGCCGGCCCCCACACGAGCUUCGUGGACAACUGCGCGCUGGCGUCGUGGAUGCUCAUGGCGUGCGUGGGCAUCUUCAUGUACGUCGGCGGCGUCGCGGGCGACGUGCGCGGUGCGUUCGUCGCAGCGAUGUCCAUGCUGUGCUUCACUGCGGCGCCGGUCGUCCUGUUCUUCCUCACGAGCCUCUUCCUGAUCGCCCUCUCUCUCGCCACCGCCUGCGCGGACCUGCGCUGGAAGGUGGUGCCAGCCGCGGUCCAGAACUGGAUCCUCGAGGGCGAGUCUCUGGCCCUGGAGACCCAGAGCGAGAAGGGUGGCGGGGUGGCCGCCUCGGGGUACUCGAGGCUCGACCCCAGCGCCCAGGCGCAGGGCGACCCCGGCGCCCAGGCGGUCCCCCACGAGGACCACGACCAGAAGCUCGGCGAGAGCAGCUUCCCCGAUUGCAGGAUAGUUGGCCCGAAGGCGGCCCCGCUGGGUCCGCUCACCGCGCAGCUGCCCGCCAGGAGCAAGCGCCCGGUGACCCACCACCUGCUGCGGAUCCCGGACGCCCCGGGCGCGCGCAUCGAGCAGGAGCAAUCCGUGCGCGGGACGGUGCCCAUGGAGGUGCACCAGCUCUUCUCGCAGAGGAGCGGGGGCAUGCUUGUGCGCCAACCCUUCGGGGCGCUCCUCACGCGCAGGAAGGGGCUGCUGCUCUUCGGGCAGGCGCACCUCAACGAGGGCGGGCUCGUGUGGGACGUCGCGAUCAAGAAGGCCCUCGGCCGCACCGCCGCCGCCGAGGCGGCCAUACGCCUGCUCGAGGAGGCAGCGGAGGACGGAGCGCCGACCCCGGCGUCGGAUGCGAAGGUGCCGCUGAUCAUCGUGGAGGUGGAGGGCGCGGAGGGGCCGGACGUGGGCCGCGGCCGGCCCUGAGGGAGGGCACGGCGCCGCAAGUCGAAUAAGAAAUAACGCCACACAUUGAUGUUUAUGUCGUUAUAUGUGUCUUUCGAGAGAGGGCACGGCGCUGCAAGGCCGAGCCGUCGCGAGAGGCAGGGGCGGAAAGCGUCGGCUGCCGUCUUGCGCUGGACGCGUGCCGGCCGCUGUCGCCCAGCGCACCGUGCCCAGAGUAGCGCUUAAUAGCGCGCUGAGAGUGGCUCCCGAAGAGCGCCCAGAGAGCGCCAUGCGAGGCAGCACUUCCCCCCCUCGCUCGCCGCCGAAGAGUGGGGCAGGGGCGGGCGCCGGCGAGGGCAGCGGCCGAGAUCGCGGCGCCGAUGGGCGGCGCGGCCGGCUCGGCCGGCUCGUGUAGAGUCCAGCCUCGGGCCGUGGCGUGCCCGGCGUCGAGCGGCGGCGAGGCGUGCACGGCCGGCCUCCGGGCCCACCGGGGGGACGUCCUGAGAUGAUUUUUGGCGCAGGAGCCUGAGAGUAUUACCCUUGUGGAGGGCGAUCAACCGUCCUGUUUCAUUCCAUUGGUAUGAUGUUUUGAACUAGGUUGAUCCUGCCAUAAGAACAUUAUCUGGGCCUGUAGGUCCCUGCUCCACAAGGGCUGCAGGCGACGGCCACCGUCUGCGCCUGCCGCCGCUGCUGGCCGCGUUCGUCGCCGACGGCCGUCCGCUGAGAGUUUGUGUGUAUAUGUAGUUGGGCGCGCGAUCGCGACCCAGACACGCCCGCGCCGUAAAGAGUUCAGGCCAAGGCAUAACUCGCACGUCCGGGGAGGCCGAGUGGCCGCGAGAUGUAUCGGCGAG